AUGGGAAGCACCAUUAGUAUUGGUGAUAUCAGUGUAAAGAAAUAUUAUAAAAAAAAAAAAAACCGUACAAAUUUAUCAUUUUUGUCAUCUUCUUCAUCUUCUGAUGAUAAAUCUUUGUGUUCAUCUAAAAGCUCGGAUGGGAUUAAUGUUUAUAUAGAUGGCAGAAGAUAUCUUGAAAGUUCAAAAUAUUCUUUACCGAACGAUGAUGAAGAGAUUGAUAGAAUGCACAUGCAACAUUAUAUAUCAAGAUUUAUUUGGCAAAAAAAUUUUUGUUCUCCUUUAGAUGAUUUGCUAAGAUACGGUGGUGCAAAAGUUUUAGAUGUUGGGUGCGGUGCCGGGACAUUUUUGCUUGAGAUGGGACAUGAUUAUCCCGAAUCAGAAUUCCUAGGAAUUGAUAUUUCGCCAAUGUAUCCAUCAGAAAUUAAACCUUCUAAUGUGAAAUUUGAACAAAUCAAUGUUCUAGAGGGUUUACCAUACGAUGACAACUCAUUUGAUUUUGUUGUUAUAAGAAAUAUGAUAACUGCUUUUUCUAUAGACGAUUGGGAUUUUUGUAUACAAGAAUUAAUCAGAGUCACUAAACCAGGUGGCUAUAUCGAGUAG